AGAUGGAGUCUGAAGAUGCUGUUCCUUCUGAAAAACUAGUUGAGGGUUUGAAACUCUCCGAAGACCAAAGCUUCCCCUCACAAACUGAGUGUGAUAAUGUGCACACCCCCAGAGUCUGUGAAGGAGAUACUCCAUUGGCUGACUUGGAAGCCAGAGAUGAUAAUGACCUCUUUCAUGACUGUAAUGACUCAUUUGAAUCAAGAGUGACAGAAGAGAAUCAUAACUGUGAGGUAGAUUCUUCAGAGAAUCAAACAGAGGUAGAUGAAAAAUACCUAUUAGAACUGGAGAAAGAUAUGACAGAGGAAGAAAAGCAGAAGAGAAGAAAUGAGAGCAUAAAGCUGAAAGAAGAAGGAAACGAGCAGUUUAAGAGAAGAGAAUAUGAGGAAGCUGAAGACUCUUACACCAAAGCCCUGAACAUCUGUCCAGCCUGCUACAGCACCGAUAGAUCUGUUUUGUAUUCGAACAGAGCUGCAGCCAGAAUGAAACAGGACAAGAAAGAAGCUGCCAUAGGUGACUGCAGCAAAGCCCUUGAAUUGAAUCCAGACUAUAUCAAGGCACUAUUGAGGAGAGCAGAACUGUAUGAAAAAACCGAAAAAUUAGACGAAGCCUUAGAAGAUUACAAAAAUGUGUUGGAAAAGGAUCCCUCAAUACAUCAAGCAAGAGAAGCUUGUAUGCGAUUGCCGAGGCAAAUCGAAGAUCGAAAUGAAAAACUUAAGAAAGAGAUGUUGGGGAAACUGAAAGACCUCGGGAACUUUGUUCUCCGCCCAUUUGGCUUGUCAACAGAUAACUUCCAGGUGAAGCAGGAUUCAGCCACUGGCUCGUACUCCGUCAACUUUGUUCAAAACAACAACCGAUAACGCAAGCCCAGCCUUGAAGCCUGGUGAUGGAAGGCAUGUUUCCAGUGAAUGCAAAACGGAUUGAGUAACCUCUUAAUUCACAACAUCUUUAUCCAGAUAUAAAGAUUUGACUACACUGCUAUGCAU